AUGGAAGAUAGCGUCGCUAUUGCUACCUCUCAAUCUCGUUUUGGUCUUAGCGAGAGCUUGAAGAGAGAUGCUCAUGGAGCGGUGAAAACUGCCGUAGAUAUCCUAGGUGUUGCAGCGUCCAUGACGCAGAACGUGCCGUACUUGGGCAUCAUCUCAGGCGCGCUCACUGAGUUCUUGAAGAUCCAAGACGAGGUCGACAUCUUCAAAUCUGACUGGAGGCUGGCUAUGGCCGUAGCGCAGCAGCUCAAGGCUCUAGUUGAUCGAGUGCGCGUCCAGUGUGAGAAACUCGGUCCUGAUGAAGAAGCCUUGCCGGAAGGAUUCUUAGAGCCUUUAUCAGAGUUGGAACGAUGCAUCGUGCAGUCAUUAGUCACGUUGAACGCGUGCAAGGCUGGAUCGAAGCGGCUGAGAGAUCGCGCGCGCGCGUACCUCAAUCGCUCGGGACUCGCUGAGGAUGUGAGGCGAUGCCGGUCGGACAUGCAAUCCGCACUGGAACUGUUCAAUACCAAGUUGCACCUCGUCAAUGCAUUCGUUAUGCACGCUCAUGGCAAGAAACUGGACGCGAUCAUCGACCAAGGACUGACCGUUGAAACCGGUGUACCUAUAUCUGUGCCUCCCAUUGCUUUACCUUCGCCUCCUGCCAUCUUCCACGGCCGUGCACAAGAGGUGGACCAUGUUGUCCGCCUCGUCCUUGGCAAACCCCCUGCGCGCGUUGCAAUCUUGGGAUCCGGCGGGAUCGGAAAGACCUCGAUCGCGCUGGCUGUGUUACACCACCCCGACAUCGAAGCGCAUUACGGCCAGAGUCUUUUCUUCAUGUCGUGCGAGGCAGUCUUAACCGCAGAGGGCGUUUUGCAAGAGCUUUUGAAAAUGUUCAGACUCACAUCGGACGCCCAUAGCCACCUCGCUCCACGCGAUCUAUUGAUCUCGCAUCUGCGUGCUCUGCCGCCUACGAUGCUGUGCAUGGAUAACUUGGAGACUCCAUGGGACGCUGAUUCCCUUGGUGUUGAGUCUCUUCUGGCUGACAUUGCCUCGUUCUCUCACAUCGCGGUGCUUAUCGCGACUAGGGGCGGGGAUCGGCCACGGAGUGUUGCCUGGUCACAAGGGCCCCCCCUCCCCCAGAUUGAACCUUUGACUCUCGACGCGGCUCUGGAAACCUGGGACGUGAUAUGCGGCCCCCAUGACACCUACGCAGAACAGCUGAUCAAGGUUGUUGACCUUGUUCCAGCGAAGUCGGCGAUGAAGCACUAUUCGCAGCCACAUCCGGUCACGCGUGUGCAAGCUCACAAGCCUGUACAGCGGAUGACGAUGAGCGAGGUUCGACCCGCUCAACAUACGAGCCAACAUCGUAUUCAACGCCCGGAGCUGCAGCAGCGCGCUCAGGCGUAUCAGGCCGCCUAUGCAGCUCCGCCUUCGCCAAACAACUUCCUGUUGUUCUCAGCUACUAGCGUCGAGUUCCCGACGCAAGCUCCGCCGGCCACGAUCGUCAGCCCGUAUGCUCGCCCCAGCCGUGUGCCUAGCCACAUCAAGGGGCCAUCGCACAGCUCAUUCGCGCUGCCGGGCUACGAGAAGACCCCGAUGAGCUUGCACCCCUAUGCCGCGGUCUCGCGGGCGCUGCCGGAUACACCAGGUAGCGCGACGUCGGGUGACUGGCGCGCCUGGCACGAGGAGCGCGGAGGAUGGCUCAUCCACGCCUGA